AUCAACUGUAAUACUAAUAAGGAGGAACUUCGUUCCAAUGUUUAACAGAGGAGGUGCCCGACAAAUGAUGCGCAAUGGACAUCGAUUCUUGCCGUCUCGUGGCAAAAGGAGAAGUAAUUGCAACGGGGAAAAAGAAGUUAUCCGUUCAUAGAGCUCUAAAAAUAUAAAAAAGCUCUGGCUUGUGUCUACUUUCAUUUCCCAGUUUCAAUGACUUUGCUUUCUAAGCCUCAAGUGAUUAAGAGAGAUCUCCGGCAUUGACUCUGGUCUUCGAAGAAUCUUACAGUAGCAGAAGUUAAAGUUUCAACCUUUUUUUGUUUGAAGCCAAGGAAUGGAUGCCAGCAAACCAGGCGAAGAUGGGUUACAAGUUCAGGCUUCUUGGAAUUCUUGGAUUCCAACGACCCCAGUAAAGCCCAUUCUGCCAAGACCCCAACCGAUCUACACAGACGGACAGGGAAACCAGGUUGACCAAGCAACAUGGUUGGGAUCAGAGACAUAUUCUUCUAGUUUUCCACAAGGCUCUCAAGCUACUAGGAUAGAUGCAUGUUGCAACUCCCCCAAUUCUAGCGAAGCAAACAGGGGUGGUGACAAUGUGGGAACAUGCGAAGAGCCGAUGGGCAGAUGGAACAACCUUCGCUUCGCUGAUCUCUUGGCCCUCGCAAACGCUGCCUCGGUGGCAUCUGGUAACGGCAGUGUGGCAACCAGUUCUUUCAUGUCCGAUACUUGUCACAAUGAACUGGGGGCAAAUGGGAACUCUAUGCCGGAACAACCUUACUAUGUUAGUACCCCACAUCAGCAGUCUUGUGAUAUAAAUUUGCCACUGGGGAUAAUGUCUGAUCUGAAUUCGAGCAUGACCAUUUCUCAGUUGGUGCCCAUAACACCAGAGAAGGACGUGAGAGUACAAAACAAACCGGUUUCUGAAGUACAGAAUUCAUGUGCAAAUGAAAGGGUUGAUGAGGAAAGAGAGAAGCUAGAGAACGAAGUUGCUGCCACGAGAGUUGAUACCAAUGAGGUCCAACGCAAUAAAGAGCUCUUGGAGCCUGUUACAGAUUCAUCAUUUGCUGCUGUUUCCACUCCAUUCAAGGAGAAUCACAACCCUGACAAGGGAGGCAGCCAUGGUACUGAUCUAAAUGAAACACCACAGCAGAAACCAAAACGGAAAAAGCACCGGCCCAAGGUGGUUACAGAAGGCAAACCCAAAAGAACUCCAAAAUCGGUGACCCCAAAGCCUACAGGUUCCAAAGAAAAUCCGACAGUCAAGAGGAAGAAUGUAGGGAGAAAAAGAAUCAACAUAUCCUCUGCAACUCCUCCAGCAGAAUUAACUGGAGAAUCUACUGAUCUGAUUGCAACUCCUCCAGCAGAAUUAACAGGAGAAUAUACUGAUCUGGAAACACUUGAGCCUGCCAGAAAGUCAUGCAGAAGGGCUUCAAAAUGUGAAAUAGGACAACCGCAAGAUGAAAGCUCUACUGGUUCCAAAGAAAACCCGGCAGUUAAAAGGAAGUACGUACGGAAGAAAGGAAUCAACAAACCUGCUGCAACUCAAGCAGAAUUAACUGGAGAAUCUACUGAUCUGAAAACAUUUGAGCCUGCCAGAAAGUCAUGCAGAAGGGCUUUAAAUUUUGACAUAGAACAACCACAAGAUGAAAGCUCUACAUGCAAAUCUUCUAUUAAUUUAGAUUCAGAAUUACAGGCCCAAGACUUUUGCAGAAAAGGAGUUCAAUCAAAAUCAACUGUACAGCUUGGCAAAGGGAUCGCGGUAGUAGUAGAACACACAGAAGCUGGCAUAGCCUAUGACAUUGCCUGCUCCAUGAAUCAAAUAUUGAAAGAAUACAUAUCAUUGCCUGAACGGCAAGUCCCAUGCACGCCACUUCUUACAAAGACUAAUCCUCCACAGGCAGAACUGAACGUCAAUUCCCAAAAGGAUAGCACUGCAGAAGGGGAAGGUCAACUAAUUGCUUAUAAUGGACAGGAAAACAUUGCAAAAACCAACAAUCAAAUAUCACUAAGUCCAAAUGAUUCCAACUGCAGCACCAGUGCAAUUUUAGCCGAGGGAGGCAAAGCUACUCGAUCCAAGAGACGAUAUUCUCAUGCUGCUAAACAAGCUGAUGCCAGCAUACCAAAUCUAGUUGGGGCUAACUUUAGUACUCUAGACGCAUACCAGAUGAUGAAUUGGAUCCAUUUUCCAAAUAUUAAUAAGAAAAGGAGAACUGAAAAGGGGCAGAACUCUACCACAUCUAGUUCAUCAUCUUGUAUUACUGCCACAAAAAAUGUUGAGAGCACAGCAACUUUUCUCCAACAUGAUGCUGAAACAAUUCCUUGUUCUUUAAAAGCCAGCCACCAGGUUUCGGGUCCUCCUCAGUUCAAUGCUGGUACGGUUUCCAUGACAGUUGAAGACAAAGAAAGAGGUCUUCAGAAUAAUCCGCAACCUUUUGAGCAUAUCCUGGCUUUAAUUCAGAAAGACAAGUCAACAAGAAAAAGAUCCAGAGGCCCUACUCGGGUUCGUAACUUGACUUCCCUGACCAGAAUUUUAGAGUGCAUAACUCACCCCACCAAACAACCUCUAGUGGUUGAUGAUGGGCAAACAGAUGAGAAUCCACACAAACCUCACACAUGCAUAGAUGACCUUGUUGCAAAGAUGCCUGCAACUCUGGCAAAAAAGAAGCGAACCAAGAAGAGAAACUCUCUUGUCACUUCAGUAUCUUCCAAUACAAAUGAAAUGCAACUGGACCAGCGGCUUGUCUUGUACAAUCACCACCUAUCCUCUUCCAAUCCAUUAGGUUCUUCUAUGGAUGCAUUGGUUGAGGAAUUUAAGCGUCUGGACUUCAACAGGGAAAGCAGAAAAUUAGCACGAGAAAAGCAUAAUGCAGUUGUCCCCUACAGUAUGCAAAAACAAGAGCAGAAUGCACUCGUCAUUUAUAAAAAAGAUGGUACAGUUGUAGCCUAUGAAGGUUUGUUUGAUCCCACCAAGAAACGGCGUCCACGGCCAAAAGUUAACCUUGACGAUGAGACUAAUAGAGUGUGGAAGCUUUUGAUGGAGAAUAUAAACAGUGAAGGUAUUGAUGGAACAGAAGAAGAUAAGGUAAAAUGGUGGGAAGAAGAACGGAGAGUGUUCCGUGGACGUGCAGACUCUUUUAUAGCACGCAUGCAUCUUGUACAAGGAGAUAGACGCUUCUCACAAUGGAAAGGAUCGGUCGUGGACUCGGUGGUUGGAGUUUUUCUCACUCAGAAUGUAUCAGACCAUCUUUCCAGUUCUGCAUUUAUGUCACUUGCUGCUCGCUUCCCACUCAAGUCGAGGAGCAACCACAAAGAAUGCUAUGAAGAUGGGGCGAGCUUCAUUGUCAAUGAACCAGAAGUGUGCAUACCUGAUCCAGAAGAUAGCAUACAAUGGAAACCAGAUUGUGACCAGAGUUCCGUGACGCUCCAGGACCUUGAGCAUGAUGAAGAAAAAGAAGUUGUCAACAGCAAUGAAUCCCCUGGAGGCAGUAUAGGUGUAGAAAUGGGAUGUUAUACAGAAGAAGAUAGGAUAGCAACAAAAGAUCCAGUUUCAUCUCAAAAUUCUGCCUUUUUAUCUCAAAACUGUUCAUUCAUUCAAACUGCUGAAAAAAAAGGAUCAUGCCAACAGAGGAACUUAGAAGCAGACUAUCUGUUAGACGGGUAUAACCCCAACAGUUCCAAUGGCUUCACUUCCAUUUCGGAGCUUCGACAGAUGGCUGGAUCUACAAUGCUAAAUGUAGUCUACAGUCAUGGAAGUAGCUAUGCACCAUCUGAUGAGAACUCAAAUGGUGCAUGUAACAAAUCCAAAGGUAUAAAUCAUGACAACCAAGGACAAUAUACGGACAAAUUAAAUGAUCCACAAAGCUCCUUAGCUGCAUCCAUGAGCCCUUCCAGUAAUUAUCAGUUGCAUCUGACCCCCACCUCCAGGGUACUAGAAGUUGAGCACUCUGAGAUGUUCAGAGAAGAAAUCCAAUGUCUUGGCAGUUCCAAGAGCAGAGAUGAAAAUAGUAUAAGCAAACAAAGUGCUCUAACAAUAGAAUCUUCAAGUCAAGGUGUGGUUCAAAAUAAGCUAACAAUGAGUGUCGAGAAAUCACCUUCAAGUGAAUCAUGCAACAACAUUCAAGGAGAUGAAAAUGUGAUCAAUUCACCUCAAAGUCAUGCACUUGGGGACCCUAAAAUUGUUGGACCAGUAGCUCGGGGGCAAAACAUUGAAAUGCAGCAAAACUUGAAAAGUCUUUCUGGAGAAACCCUAGAUGCUACACAGACUACAGCUGAGUCGGAUUUGAAUGCUCACGGUCAUUUAUUUAGUAUGGAGAUCAGCAAGAUGAAUGCUGCUACUGUAAAACCAAAGAGUAAAAGAGUUCGAAAAGAGAAAAAAGAAGAGAUUAAUUGGGAUAAUCUUAGAGAACAGGUGGAAGCCAAUGGAAAGAAAAGAGAAAGAACAGCAAACACAAUAGACUCACUGGACUGGGAAGCUGUAAGAUCCGCAGACGUUAAUGAGAUUGCCGACAGCAUCAGAGAACGGGGGAUGAACAACAAGCUUGCAGAGCGUAUCAAGGAUUUCCUUAACCGACUGGUUAGAGAUCACAGGAGCAUUGAUCUUGAAUGGUUAAGAGAUGUUCCGCCUGACCAAGCAAAAGAAUAUCUGCUAAGCGUAAGGGGACUGGGGUUGAAAAGUGUGGAAUGCGUACGGCUUUUGACGCUUCACCAACUUGCUUUCCCAGUGGACACAAAUGUGGGACGCAUCGCUGUAAGACUGGGAUGGGUGCCCCUUCAGCCACUGCCUGAGUCACUUCAGUUGCAUCUCCUAGAACUGUACCCAGUGUUAGAAUCCAUUCAAAAAUAUCUCUGGCCCCGAUUAUGCAAGCUCGACCAAAGAACAUUGUAUGAACUUCAUUACCAGAUGAUUACAUUUGGAAAGGUCUUCUGUACAAAAAGCAAACCAAAUUGCAAUUCAUGCCCAAUGAGAGGAGAGUGUAGACACUUUGCAAGUGCAUUUGCCAGUGCAAGGCUUGCCCUGCCAGGGCCAGAGGAGAAAAGUAUAGUGACUGCAACUGAAUACAGACCAGACAAAAAACCCAAUGUGAUCAUCAAUCGACUUUCCCUGCCUUUCCUUCAGUCGCAAUCAGUAGGACAGAAGCAAUCAGAAGCAAAAUCUGGAGUCACUAACUGUGAGCCUAUUAUUGAAGAGCCAGCAACACCGGAGCCAGAAUGCAAAGAAGUAGAAAAUGACAUCGAGGACAAUUUCUAUGAGGACCCUGACGAAAUUCCUGUAAUCAAACUCAACAUUGAAGAAUUCACUCAGAAUUUACAUACUUAUAUGCAAAAUAACAUGGAACUGCAAGAAUAUGACAUGUCAAAAGCCUUAGUUGCUCUAACUCCAGAAGCAGCAUCAAUUCCGACCCCCAAGCUUAAGAAUGUGAGUCGACUACGAACAGAGCACCAAGUCUAUGAACUUCCAGAUUCACACCCUCUUCUGAAAGGGUUAGAUAAACGAGAACCUGAUGAUCCAUGCUCAUACCUCCUAGCAAUAUGGACACCAGGUGAGACAGCAAAUUCCAUCCAACUACCUGAAAAAAGGUGUUGCUCCCAAGAAUAUGGCAAACUGUGUGACAAGACGGAAUGUUUCUCAUGCAACAGCAUAAGGGAAGCAAGUUCCCAAAUGGUCCGAGGGACACUUUUGAUACCCUGUCGAACAGCAAUGAGGGGGAGCUUUCCACUCAAUGGCACCUACUUUCAAGUUAACGAGGUGUUUGCUGACCACGAUUCAAGUCUUAACCCGAUUGAUGUUCCUAGAGAUUGGAUAUGGAACCUGCCAAGGCGAACUGUGUACUUUGGAACUUCCAUACCGACAAUAUUUAAAGGUUUGUCGACGGAAGGUAUUCAACACUGCUUUUGGAGGGGAUAUGUUUGUGUGAGGGGAUUUGACCAGAAAACACGGGCACCCCGUCCUCUAAAGGCCAGACUGCACUUCCCAGCUAGCAAGUUGACCAGGACAAAAGGAAAGGCAGAUGAUAAGUAGAUGGUUAUAAGCUCAACAUAACUGACAUCAAAUCCAGAAUGUCCAAACAUGUCUAAAGAGCAACACAGACGAGACGAGCAUUUAGUGGCACAGCAUCCAACAACUCUGACUUGGUCCAUGGACAAAGUGAAUAUCCAUCAAAAAUUGUAUGGUCCCAUGAUGAGGUGGACAUGGACCAAUCUGUGAUUAACAAGCAUGAAAUUACCUAAUGUCUUGCUCAUUGUGGAGCCACUCUUCUAGAAUCAGCAAAAAUGAUAGAAACAUGUAAUUGUACUAGAUAGGUACUUGUGCAAAAUUCAAAGAAUGCGAGCCAUGUAAAUAGAGCGUAUUGCAAGAGGGUGCAAGGGCACAGGAGAGAAGCACAAGAGCAGAGCAGCUAUUUCAAAACACUUAAAGGCCCAGAGCAUCUCCGAACAUCCACAGACAUAUACACAUACAAAUACAUUUGUGUAAAUAACAAUUCAGGAGAAUAAACGUGUCUAUAUGGAUAA